AUGCCGUCCGUUCCUGCCAUGCACUCAAACUGGUCUGACAUCAAUCCUCUGGAUCUUGUCGACACCGACAAGAUGAUGAACUCGCUUUUCAACACCCCUGCCGAUAACACCAACACUUGCAGCGUUACCAAUAACAACAAUGGUGACGACACAAUGGAUCCCGGAGCUUUUGCUGCUGCCUGGCCUGACACAGUCUCACGAUCGCUUAGCGGCUCUGAUGCUUCCAACUACACCUGCUCACCCUCGGGGCUUCUUGGUGUAUCGCCCAGCGUUUCGAGCCAGUACCAUACCGAUUUCUUUACAAAGUCGAGCAAUGCUUGGCCCCCUCCUUUGAACUUCGCUGCCAACAUCCCUUCAUCCGCCGAGCAUUUCGAUAGCACGUACGCGAUGCUGUCCGAUUCAAUGCUUCCGAGUUUGUCACAUGCAAGUAUCCAAACUCCAUCCGAUGCUGGAAGCUUGCGGGGCGAUGUAUUUCACCCUUUCGGAGCCAUUCCUGAUAGCUCCAUGCGCGUCAACGACAUGAUGGAAAUUAUCGAUGCUGCAGCCAAGAAUGUUGGUGCCACUCCCCAGCUUAGUCCCGCUAGCUUUGUUUCGCAGCCUUCGCCUCUACUCCCUAACACUACCCUCACUGGUUACCACACCAACAUUGCCUCGGGUCAUGCUGCUCAUCUCGCCGAUCUCGUCAAGGACAGCAACAUUCUGAAUGCGGGCCACUCGGGCCCACGUUCGCUUGCCUCUAGCCUCAGUCGCUCGGUUCUCAGCGCUGAUGCCAUUGGCCGACCCGAUGCAUCCGCGCAUAUCGCUGCUCGCACUCACAACAACGGUCUCACCAUCCAGCAACGACGCCGUCUCAGCCUCAUGGCCAGGUCUCCGCCAAGUAUAUAUGCAACAAGCAUGGGGUCGGAGCACCCACCGCCCUCUCCCAUCAAGAACCGUCGACGUCUGAACUCGGCUCCGGAUCCUUCGUUGCCACACCUAGACUCUUCGCCCGAAGUGCCCAAAACGCCGCUUACGCCCAAUCAUCGUCGACCUCACCGCGGCUCCAUCAGCGGUGUCGAUGAAUUGGCUUUCCAAGACGCUAACAUGCCUGCCUCUAUUGAUGAUGCGGAUUCCUGGAUGGAUGCUGUCAUUGCGCACUCGCAUGAUCUUGUCUUUGUGCUCUCGCUCAAGGGCACUGUCCUCUACAUUUCGCCCUCAGUUAAACGUAUUCUGGGUUUCCACCCCGAAGAAAUCAUUGGCCGACCUCUUGUCGACUUUUGCCACCCUGCCGACAUUGGUCCCUUUUCGCGCGAACUCAAGGAAGCCAUUACCUUGCCAUCGGGCGAUGAGCAAGACCCUGACGCAUACAACUCGACCGCUGUCAAGGCUCAUCGUCGCGUUGACCUCAUCAUGCGCAUGUCAUGCAAGAACGGUACCUUUAGCCUGAUCGAGACCACCGGUCGUGUGUCGGUGGAUCCUCCCAAGCAUCGCAAAGUCGUCGUUUGCUCCGGCCGUCCUCACCCUGUUCCCAUGCUGCCGUGGACCGACGUACGUCAGGACCUCUUGACCACCGAGCUAUCGGCCUGGCUCAAGAUUUCUCACAACGGCAUCUUUCUGGGCUCCACGGGUCCCAUUCAGAAGAUCUUGGGCAUAGAGGAUAUCAACCUGCUCGGCCGCCACGUUCGCGACUUGCCGAUGGUCACAAGUUCGUCGGACCUCUUGGACGCUCUGCGCAGUGGUCGAUGCAUCUCUGUGCAGGAUCACUACGAAAGUAGCGCUUCGGGCCAGAACGCUCCGGUCAAGCUGACUGUCUACCCGUGGACGUCCAACGGUCGAUCGAAUUCGGUGUCGUUUGUUCACGUUCAGCAGAGACCCGGGGCUGUGAGCGCAACUGAUUGCGCACAAAAUAGUCCUUCGCCAUCUUCAAGCGUUCCUACCAAGCGCAAGGAAUUUGGGCGUAGGGAGGCGCAGUACACGUCAUCGCAACAACUGCACCGUCAAGAGCAGCAGACGGGGAGCGGCUCGCUCACUGGAUCGGCGACGCAGGCUAACGGUACGUCUGUGCCUGUGAUGACGGCCAACGAUGCGGCCAAUACGGUGUUUUCCGAGCUCACGGGCUUUCACAGUGGAUCGUGGCUCAUUGAAAUGCAAAGGCUGCACAACACUAACCGCAAGCUCCGUCACGAGCUCUCGGCAUUGACGCGACAAUCCUCGCAGGGCGUUUCGGUCGAAGCCAUGCCACAGGUCUCCGCCUGCUUCUAG